AUGUUGAUAGACUUAAUAAAAGAAGAGUACCAAAAAACUGGAGAAUUAAUAAAGAAAUAUUUUCAAGAAGAAAGGGAAAGGAAAGAAAAAUUAUAUAAAUCAUUGGAAAAGGGUUUACAAGAAUUUAGAGAAAGCUUGGAGUCGGGUAAGAAAACUAUAGUACAAGAAAUCAGAACCUCGUACACAAGGACGGAAUGUAAUCUGAGGAAGGAAAUACAGGAGUUACCAAAACGACUGAAGAUGAACGUCGACGAGAGAGAAAAUAAACUACAGAUAAAUAUAGACCAGGUCCAGGGAGACGUGGAAAAGACGGAAGGAAAGUUAACAGAGAAGAUAGAAGAAGAUGUGGAAGAAAAUGGAACCGAAUUGGGAGAAAAGAACAUUGAAGUGACGCAAAUGCAGAAACAAUGCAACGACGUGGUUGAGAAGAUAGAAGAAGAUGUUGAAGAAACUAGAAUCGAGAUGGGAGAAAAGAUCACCGAAGUGACGCAGAUGCAGAAACAAUUGGCAGUAAAUCUGAGAAAUGCUGUAGCCGUGCAGCGAGAAGAUGACCAGAGGGAUGCAAUCGAAGAAAUUGUUGUGGAGGCAGCCCACUACCGGAGUCCAGGAUUAUUUUGA